GCAUCGCGACAGAGUUGUGUAACUUUCCAGCUUCUUCCAGGCGAAAACUCUCGCGGCCGUAGCAAGUUAGCUAGCCACAUCGGCUAAAAUAGAAACAUCGAUCUAGUUUCGUUCUGGAUGUUUAUUAAAAGUUUAUUUUGUGUAUAAAGGUGGAGAGUUGUAUCGCUCGGACAGGACGAGGUGAAAAACAGAAGAAGAGAAAAGAGACAAAAGAAAAAUCGGGGGCGAAUCAGAAAUCAAACAUGUCCUCCUCUUCCUCCUCGCAGGCAUCUUCCAGGCGGCAGUGGUGUUAUCUAUGCGACUUGCCCAAGAUGCCCUGGGCCAUGAUUUGGGAUUUUAGCGAAGCUGUAUGUCGCGGGUGUGUGAAUUAUGAAGGUGCAGACAGGAUAGAAAUGCUAAUAGACACGGCGAGACAGUUAAAACGCACCCAUGUGAUGCAGGACGGAAGGUCUCCAGGUCCCCAGCCGGGUGGUAAACACGGCCCUGGGGCGAAAGAUGGCGCACUGGAUGGGGGAAGAAACACUGCUGAGCGGUUUGAAAGGAGCAGAGGGGAUUUUGUACCUACUAGACUUCCUAAUGGGCUGCCCAGGUUGGAAGAUGGUGCUGUUGCAGAGGUUAGCAGGCAGAGUCCCAAUGCGAGGAGGACGAUGGUGACAGGUGUGCCGCCCAAUUUGAUGGCCCAGGGGAUUGUGGGUACACCGCAUGGCCUCUUAAUCGGCGCCAGAUCCAGCGGUGCACCGCUGGCCAUCUCUGCACCAAUGUUGAGUGAGCUUGGGAAGAGACAGGCAAUGGGUGUUGGGAUGUCGUUCGUGAGCUCGGACUUUGAAAAGGAUUUGAAGGAAAAACAGAGGAAUGCUGAAGCACUAGCUGAACUUUCCGAAAGUGUCCGGAACCGGGCUGACGAUUGGGCUGGACGUCCGAAAUCUGUGCGUGACACUCUCCUAGCGCUUUCCAGCUGCGCACCGUUCAACGUGCGCUUUAAGAAAGACCAUGGCCUUGUUGGGAGGGUGUUUGCAUUUGACGCCAAGCUUGGUGUGGAUUUUGAGCUCAAGGUGUUUGUCGAGUACCCGUGUGGUUCAGGUAAUGUUUUCUGCAGCCUGCUGGCAUUGGUGAAGCAGAUGUUCCAGGAUAGCCAAAAAGACUCAGGCAAAGUGAUCAGCUCAGGCUUUAAAUACGUUGAAUAUGAGAAGCGGCAUGGUGCUGGUGAUUGGCGUCUCCUUUCUGAGUUACUCAGUGAUGCUGUUCGGGCAUUUAAAGAACCACCAACACCUGAUUCACUCCCUCAGCCUUAUUUGGAUGCUGCCUGUGCCAUGUUACCCACUGCGCUCUGCCAUCUUGGACGCCCCGGUCAAGCACGAAUGCGGCGCCGGAAAGCUUCUCCGGAUCCAGAUGGCGCUGAGAGGAUGAUAUCAGAGGAGCAAAGCAUACGCCAGCAUUGGUACCCUGGCAUGACCGCCCACAUUCCCAGCAGUUCUCUCGCCAGUGCUAUGCCUGGCCAGCCUCCAAAUCUCCAGGAGGUGGUUCCUGUUUCCCAUGGCAGUGAUCCUUCACCUAUCAGCGCCCUCAUGAGUGUUGCAGACAAUGUUGGUGCCAUUAGCCAAUCACCAAAAGACAUGCCAGGAAGCAGUGGCGCUCACGCUUCCAGUUCUAGCCCUUCUUCAUCUGGGCAAAGACGACAGGCAUCACGUAACGGUGAAAAUGGAUCCGGAACAGCUGCGGUUGCCACAGCAAUGCCCCCUGUUGCAGCGGCAGACCAAGGAUCUGAAAUCUCUGGAGCCUCUGGAGCUCCUCUUUGUUGCACCAUUUGCCAUGAAAGGCUUGAGGAUACACACUUUGUACAGUGCCCUUCAGUACCCGUGCACAAGUUCUGCUUCCCCUGUACCAGGGAAUUCAUCCGUAAUCAGGGCUCAGGGAGUGAGGUUUACUGCCCAAGUGGUGAUAAAUGCCCACUGGUGGGCUCCAAUGUACCCUGGGCAUUCAUGCAGGGGGAGAUUUCCACCAUCUUGGCUGGAGAUGUGAAAGUCAAGAAGGAGAGGGACCCUUAAUUUAAAGCAGGAAGUUGCAGUUCCUGAACCCCAAAGAUGACCGACACCACAGCACUGAAGAGAUGACUGUUCACAUGCACACGUACUCUUCCUCAAUUGAUCUCAUUCCUCUGUCCACGAAAAGAAUCCUUCCAUCCAUCUAUCCAUCCUCAUCAGUGUUGAUGAAUAGUCCCUCUGUCCCUCCAUAAUUCUUUGUCAAUUACUCUAUCCACCAUUUUUCCCAUCUUCUGCCCACAAUAAAAUCAAUCAUCCUUAAUCUCCCUCUUUUGCUCAAUCCUCUCGUCACUUCUUUAACUUUCUCUCUCUCUGUCUUCCCAUCCCUCAACCUUUAUUUCUGUCUUCUCAUUACACAUCACAUAUUGUGCAUUUUCUCUAUCAUCCCAUCAUUCCUUGUUUACCCCUUUUUCUCUCUCUCUCUGUUACUUCCCUCAUCAAUUAAUUUCAGUUAAUUUCAAUUUAUUUCAAUAUGUUUAGUGCUUUUAUCAAGACAGCCAUUUUCCUUUUCACUUUUCUCCCACCUUCUUUCAUUCCUUAAUUAAUGCCUUUUAAUGGACAAUCAGUUAGAUUUGAUUUGCUUGUUGUUUUUUCGUUCUUUCACCCAAACAUAUAAUAGUGCUUUACUGCAGAGCUAAAUUGUUUUAUUUAAGGUUUUACAAUCCCUUUAUUUUUUACACUUUUAUUUAGCAUUACUGAUUCCCAGGAGUAGAUUUAUCUCGUAUGCAACAUCAGAUGAAUGGUUAACCUGAACGAAUGUCCUACAAAUGCAUAUUAGCAAAAUAUUUAUCUACAGUUUUCUUUGUGUCAAAUAUAAUUGAUCAGCCAAUACUGAUAUUUUGCAGUGGAUCUACAAGUUUAACAACUAACUGAACUUUGUCACCCAUGAUUCUGUAAAUCCAGGGUGGACUGCAGCCUGGAUGAGGCACUAGUCACUAAUUGAUUUCUAAAGGUUUCUUGGUUGAUUGACUACAUUUGGCAAAAGAAUUUGCUUUUGAUUUCUUUUUCUCCCACCUGUAUCUUUAAGAUCAACAACAGCACUGUAGUAGGCAUGUGCCGAUGAUAGAUAAGCAUAUUGCAAUAAUUGCACAGUAUUUUUUUUUUAUCAUGGUUUAAGAUGAUAAAAAAUGAUAUGAUAAAAAAAAAAUGAAAUGAUAUUGUAUACUUUAACCAGUCAUUCUUAAAUUGAAACAACUGUCCAGUCUGCCAUGUUUUAUUAUCUGCUAAACAAAAUUAUAGACAGUUGUCUUAAAUAAGGUAUACAAAUGUCUUUACGCUAGCACAGAUUUCAUUAGAUUUAUUUUUUUUAAAUGGCACUUACCUAGUGCCUUACCUCUUAUGAAUUGGGAUACCGCAGUUGUGACUGUAAUUUAAAGUUCACAAUAACAACAUUGUCAAAUAUUGCAAUAUAUCAUAUCACAAUCAGUGUUUUAUUUUUUUUAAAUCACUGAUAAUUGGUACAUGCCUACAGUGUUGUGAGAUUCUUUUGUAUUUUGGUCAAAUACAUCUAUAUAUAUAUAUA